AUGCUGGUGACAGAGGAGGCGUGUGCUGCAGCAGUCCCAGGAGCCACCAUGCCCCAGGAGCCCCAGCAGACGGAUUUCCAGCUGGUGAGAAUCAAGAGCACGUGGAGCCGCAUCAAGAAGGGAGAAGUCCUUUCCAAUGACGAGGACGAGGUCACUCUCUCUGAGGCAACAAUAGGUGAAUGCAUCUCGGAAGGUGGGAUUUCCUGGAUCGUUGAAGCUCCCAUCUAUUUUUGCUACAAAGUGGUAGAAACAUACAACAUCCUGGAACCCUCUAACACCACUCUGCUCUGGGGCCACAUCACUGACCCCCAGCAGACAGAGCUGGCCACGGCCAGCAAGAGGAAACUGCGGCGCUUCAUCGUCAUAGACGAAGUCGUUGACAAACUUUACGGCUCCAAAGUCAGAGAAUACUUCGAGCAGAACAACGUCCAGCACAAAAUCCUCGCCCUGCCGACCACCGAGGAGACAAAAUCCAUGGACUUGGUGCUGAACAUCUUGCACGAGGUCCAGAGCUUCAGCCUGGACCGGCGGACGGAGCCCAUCAUCGCCAUCGGCGGGGGCGUGUGCCUGGACAUCGUCGGCCUCGCCGCGUCGCUCUACAGGAGACGCACCCCCUACAUUCGGGUCCCCACCACCCUCCUCUCCUACGUGGAUGCCAGCGUGGGGGCCAAGAACGGGGUGAACUUUCUGCAGUGUAAGAACAAGCUCGGGGGCUACACGCCACCCGUGGCGAGUUUCCUGGACAGAUCCUUCCUGCAGAGCAUCCCUCGGCGACACAUCUCCAACGGCCUCGGGGAAAUUUUAAAGAUGGCCCUCAUGAAACACAAAGGGCUGUUUGACCUGCUCAAGAACCAUGGAAAAUACCUACUGGAUACUAAGUUCCAGUCUUGCAACAGCUUUGUUCACCAAGGAGAUGCUGCACUGCAGACUACCAGGAUUGCCAUUGAGACCAUGCUGGAAGAGCUGGCUCCCAACCUCUGGGAAGAUGACCUGGAUAGACUGGUUGAUUUUGGCCACCUUAUUAGCCCAGAACUGGAAAUGAGGGUUCUGCCGUCGCUGAUGCACGGGGAAGCUGUGAACGUCGACAUGGCAUUCAUGACGUACGUGGCCCACGCGCGCGGGCUGCUGGGCGCCGAGGAGAAGGAGCAGAUCCUGCAGUGCAUGCGGGGCCUGGAGCUGCCGGUGUGGCACGGCGGCUGCAGCUGGGCCCUCAUCCAGAGAGCCCUGCGGGAGCGCCUCAAGCACAGCGGGGGACAGCUGAGGAUGCCCCUGCCCACCGGCCUCGGCGUGGCAGACAUAUUCAAUGACACCAGUGAAGAGACCAUGGAAAGAGCAUACAAGCUGUGGGUCAAGGACUGCAAGAUGGGGCUGGAGGAAGAUCUGCAAACCCAAGGUGAUGGUCUUGCCCCAAGCCUGAGCUGUGUGCCACUGUAAGGUAGUGGGCAGAACUCUAUUUUGAGAAAGAUAAAUCCAGAAGCACCUGUGGCACUGCAUACACUCCAGAGCUGUGUGGAACAAGCAGAAUAUCGGCAUCUGACAUGAUUUGCCUUUUUCAAUUGCUUUGUUUGAAUGGAAUCUACGAUUUCUGAAGGAGUGACCACUCACAAAUGAAACCACAGAGUGCCAGUAGUGUAGUUCAUAGCAAAUGGUCUUCUUUCAGGGAAAGUGACCAGGAUUACUCAUUUAUUUAGUUAAUCCAAGCUGGUAACUGCCAUGUCCCUUGCCACUGGUGUCCCACCAUUGCUUCUGCUUGGACCCCUGACAUGAGCAGGUGUAGCUGGCUCAUAGACCAUGGUAUGGCACCAUGCAAAAUUUCUAUGCCACAUAAAAUAUUGCAAGUAGGUUAUCACCUUCACUGGUCAUUCUUUUCUUCUUGGUGUUCUUAUUGUUUUGCCUCAUUCAAAAGAGCAAAACAAAGAAGCUCAUCUGCCAGCCUUUGCACCCAGUAUAAGGGAAUGACACACUCUGAUUAGAGGCAGCAUCACAAGUCACAGAUCAGUAAAUAUUGCUGCUGUGGAGCAUGUGGGGGCUGCCUCCUGGCAGUAAGGCAGCCCUUUGUCUUGGGACUCCCAGAUACUGAGGACUUGCUGGCAAGUCUCCCCUUGCUGCCCAAAUGUUUGUGGUGGUUUCACUUUGUAGCCCCUGCAAGCCACCGGGGUGAAAAACAGGGCACAGCUUGCAGCACUGCUGCCUGAAAACAAAAUUGGGCUCCUGCAAUAUUGCAGAACUCCCUGGUGUCCCCACAUCUGCCACAGGCUCCUCGUACCUGUCAGACCCUGGCUCCUUUCCCAUCUCAGCCUUUUCUGGUUAGAUAAGGCCAGCUGGGGAAAACCAAGAGAAAUUAGAGGACUCCAAGCAAGUUCAUCAUCUUCAAGCAGCUUCAGCGUCAUGCCUCAGGAUCCUGGCAGACUCAGAGCAGAUUAUAAAAUGGAUGCUUGUGGUGAAAAAUGUAAAAGUAAUGCCAUCCUUCUCCCUGGAGGUCCAAUCAAAGAAAUUGCAAUCAACAAACAGCCUUUGAAUUAUUUACAACAUUAUUUGAUUUUUCCCCCGGUGUUUUUGUCCCACACCAGUUUGUGCUGACGUGCUGGCUUCUGUUUUGCUGAAGUAAUAAAAGCUACUAAAAUGAAAAACUUUUGAACUAAUGAUUACAUUGCUGCCCACAGUGCAUGCCUGAGUACCUUUGCAUGUGCUUGAGAGACACAGACUGGAGAAGUGUGGCAUAGAUCUGGUAUAAUAAAUCCCUUUUCCUCUUGAUCCUGGAGAAGAGGUGCUUAAAACUACACAGAAAGCCCUGCCCAGCCUUCUCUAGAGCAGUGCAUCCCUCCAGUUUCAGGACAGGGUUUCACACAGAUGGUACCAUCUUACCAAGGAGCUUUAGAGCAUAUCCUCAGAGCCACAGCUUCUUAAAAAUAAACCCAUAAUUCCCAGAGUUAAAUAAGCUGGGGCUAAGGAUAUCAGUGAACUUGUCUCCUUUUUCCAGAGCAUCAAACACAGGCUCAUUCAGUGGGUUACUGACAGCAGCCAGCGUGUGGGGAGAGCAUCACUGCUUCUCUCAGGGAUCCACCAGCUCUGACAGAACAGGCAGGAGAGCAGGUGAGGGCCCAUGAGUGUCUGAAAGGAGGAGACAGAGCAUGGACCAGGCUCUGCUCAGUGUGCCCAGCAACGGGGCAAGAGGACACAGGCAGAAACUGAUGCUGAGAAAGUUCCACCUGAAUGUGAAGAACUUUGUUGUGCAGUGACUGUGCACUGGAACAGACUGUCCAGAGAGGGUGUGGAGUCUCCCUCACUGGGGAUAUUCCAGAACUGUCUGGGCACAAUCCUGUGCUCUGGGAUGACCCUGAUCAAGCAGGGAGGUUGGGCCAGGUGACCCACUGUGGUCUCUUCCAACCUGAAAUAUCCUGUGACCCCAACUUUUGGGGAGCAUCACAGAGCCUCGGGGACAGCAGUCUGAGGGGCAAAGGUGCUGAGAGCCAUUUAAUGUUGUGCUUACAAUGAUCACCUGGGC